CAAAGUAAUAAAAAAACACAUGAUAGAGAUGAUUAGGUUUACAGUAUUAUCAUUCUUUGUUGUUUUCGUUCUCUUAUUCGCUUGCAAUGAGUCUUCGGCUAAGACUGCUAAGUAUGAUAAGUCAGAUGAGUCGGACGAAAACGACGAUCUCGCCGCUGUACCGUCAUGUUGUGGGUUUUCAUCGCCUCUUCUGAUCAAGAAAGAUCAAUGGAAACCAAUCUUCGCGAACAAGUUCGGACAGAUCUCAACCGUUCAAAUCGGCGAUGGAUGCGGCGGGAUGGGCCCUUACAAAAUACAUUCCAUAACGCUGGAACCAAACGCGCUUAUGCUCCCUCUUCUUCUUCAUUCCGACAUGGUCUUCUUUGUCGACUCUGGAAGUGGGAUUCUGAAUUGGGUCGAGGCGCAAGCGACAAGUACUGAGAUAAGACUAGGGGACGUUUACAGGCUACGGCCCGGUACAGUUUUCUACUUACAGAGCAAGCCGGUGGAUAUCUUCCUUGGAACCAAACUUAAGAUUUACGCUAUCUUUUCCAACACCCAGGAAUGUUUACAUGAUCCUUGCUUUGGUGCGUAUUCAAGUGUCACAGAUCUAUUGUUUGGUUUUGAUGAAACAAUUCUCAAAUCAGCUUUUGGGGUUCCUGAGGAGAUUAUAGGGCUGAUGAGGAACCGGACACAGCCACCGUUGAUCGUGCAUGAUAUGCUGACCACACCCGGUGAGGCCAACACCAACACAUGGCCGCUCCAGACGCGAUUACUCAAACUAUUUUCCGGAGAUGCAAGUGCAGACUCGGUGGAGAACAAGAAGAAGGAGGAGAAGGAGAAGAAAGAGAAGAAGGAGAAGAAACAGAAGACAAAGAAAGCAAAGACAUUCAAUGUAUUCGAAUCCGAACCCGACUUCCAAAGCCCUAACGGUCGUUCCAUAACCAUCAACAGGAAGGAUCUUAAAGUAUUACAAGGCUCAAUGGUUGGGGUUUCCAUGGUGAAUCUAACCCAAGGAUCAAUGAUGGGACCACACUGGAACCCAUGGGCCUGCGAGAUAUCAAUUGUGUUGAGAGGAUCAGGAAUGGUUAGGGUGCUUAGGAAUUCCAUUUCAAGAUCAUCAUCUGAGUGUAAGAACAUGAGGUUUAAGGUAGAGAAAGGAGAUAUUUUCGCGGUUCCAAGGUUACAUCCAAUGGCCCAAAUGUCUUUCCUCAAUGACUCGUUGGUGUUUGUUGGAUUUACUACUUCGGCUAAGAAUAAUGAGCCGCAGUUCUUGGCUGGGAAGAAAUCGGCUUUGUGGUCGCUUGAUCGGGAGGUGUUGGCUGCGUCGUUUAAUGUGAGUAGUUUUAUGAUUGCUGGAUUGUUGGAAGCUCAGAAGGAGGCCGCUGUGUUGGGAUGUCCUGCUUGUGCCGAAGAAGAGUUGGAGAAGCUUAAGGAGGAAGAAGAGAAGAAGGAGUCGCCGCCUCAGCAACCACCACAACCGUUCCAACCACAGCCACCGGGAGAAAAACCACAACAACCACCACAACCGUUCCAACCGCAGCCACCGCAAGGAGAGCCACAAAAACCACCGCAAGAACCACAAGGACCACAAAAGGCGCCGUUCCAACCGCAGCCAGGGCAAGGAGAACCACAAGAACCGCAAGCAUCCAUGGAGACGAAGAUGAGAGAUGAAGAGAGGAAGAGAGAAGAAGAAGAGGCGAAGAAGGAAGAGGAAGAGAGAUGGAAACAAGAAGAGAAGUUGUGGCCGACUCAACCUCAGUGGGAAGACUGAGA